AUGGCAGCCUCCAGACUGCCAGAGGUCUGCGACCCAAUGCUCGCAGACGAAUCCGAAAAUGAUCCAGUGGACGGGACGUGGGAAGAUGUACAGAACGACGGCGACUCCACCACAGCCAUGCUGCCCGAGACUCUCGACGAGGGCAUGAAAGCAAACGACUUCGGACAAGAGUCCAGCAUCGACGCCCAGCGAAGAGCUUCCCGCCGCGCAGCCGCGGAAAAAGUGGAGCUUCAGAUCGCCAACGACAUCGAUCACCACAGAUCCAAUCUUGAACUUAUCGCGCGAGAGGUUGACGAAGCUGAGGAAGCCGCGAAAGAGGCCAUAACAAGAUAUGCCAGGAUUUUCAAGAAUGCCUGCUAUGAACAGACCUUGGCCUAUGAACAAAUCAAAGCAAUCCGUCGAGAGAAGAACCUUGGAAAGAGCACUUCGUUCAUCCGUGACGUUCACCCGACAGAGAUUGAGAACUCCCUCCKCGAGCGCGAAAACGGCGAAAGCGGCGCUUCGAGACCAAAGGAAGACGUAGCCAUUGCCAGAAAACUCGUCCAAUUCGGGAAGGAAAUCAAAGAUAACGCACGUCUUCAACGCGAGAAGAGGAACACAUCGGUCACAUCGCGCCACGGGGUCAACAGCCGACCUACCACCAGAGCUAUACGUCGUAUUCGACGGAUGGUCUCGCGCGUAGCUACUCAUAACGAUACUAUCGAGAAGCUUGCGGAUACCAUUGAUCCCACCACACUCACGAGAUCUGUCCCUCGCCCAACGUCCGGGCAGGCGCAGGCGGCAACCAGGAAGCGUGAAGCUUCGAUGUCUACAGAUACCAUGGUCCUCCCGGUGAGACAGAUCAACAUGGCAAAGUAUAAGCCAUUCAAGUCACAGUCCCGUAAAGUCGACAGCAAAGGUCGUUUCUACAACGACGUCAACUUUCAGAAGGAGGAGAAGGCGGACGAGGCAUCCCGCAACAAGCCCACAGUCGAAGCGAAGAAUGCGGGAGUGCAGGGCUCCUCGGAUGGUGGGUCGAAUAGCGCGAAGCAUGUUCGAUUUGAGGAGCCAAACGACGGUCAAGAUCUCGAGCAAGUUGCAAUAGAUGAGAGCCCGGCGGCAGAGUUCUCAUUCAACGACCUCGUAUUUCGGAUGAAGUGA